UUACUUUCAAUUCAAGAACAUCAAAGAUGAAUAAGUCAAAAUUAAGCAGGGGCGGUUUGGGGUUAAAGUUAGGGCUUGUGGUGGUGAUUUCCCUUCUUGUGUUAGCUACAAGUGUGGAGUCCCGUAGACGCAUGAGUCGAAUGCAAUUAAAGGAAUUUGUUUGUAGAAGAUGUUGGAGUAAGCUUUACCAUCGAUGCUACUACGGUGUCGGACUCUCGAAACGAAGCAUAUCAGAAUCGGAAGCCAACUAUGAGCCCGAAGCAAGCCUCGAACAAACCAGUCUCGUUAGCCAAGACACCCUGGAUUUAUUUAACGGGCACCAACGGACCAAAAGAUCAGCAGGCCGUGUGAGGCGGUCAGGUAGAAGACGCUACUAUCGUUUCCGCAUCAAUUGCCAUAUCUGCCAGAUCAAUUGCUUUAGAAAAUGAACCACAAAUGAAACGCAGAUUUGAAACAGAGCAGCGAUGAGCCGUUCUAUCCUCGUCACGGAGAUAGCAAUCGCUGGGCAGCAGAUUAAAAAUCGCAUCAGGACCGCUUGACUUCUUUAUUAAUGUGUCCACUGUGAAAUUCUUGUUGACUUCGUAAGUUUUCUUUCCAGUCCCGAAACAGAACAAUAUUUAAGGGUGUAUAGUCGGGUGGGGGAAGAUGGGACGUGAAUUUGUGCUUGUUUCUCGUUCAAUUUGUUGGUAAACAAAGAAUAUUUACAGAAUUAUAUAACCGUGAGCCAGCGAUUACAUAAGAGCUUCGAUAAUUGUUUAAAACAUGAUUGGGAAAUUUGGUAUUUCGGCGCAAACGGUAUCCCAUCUUACCCCAUAUUACUAUAUAUUUUAGGAUGUAAAUGGACCAAUACUUUAUGUUCCUUAUUAUACAGCUUUUAAAACAUACCACGCCACCUGUAUUAUUUGGAU